CCCCCGAGCAACCCUUAUCCCCCACGAACCCCGCAUCGUCAAUUCAACAAACAGAGAUAGCGAUUGUACGAAGGAAGGGAGGGACAUAAUGGCAGACCCCCAGCGCAAAAUCGAACUCCAAGAACCGGAUGAUCUCCGCUACCUCCUCGCCAACACGCGACGCGUUGCGGGUGAGAAAGUUGAUGUCGCGCUGCCGCCUAUUGAGGGGGAGGAUGUGCUGAGGCGGAAGGUUGAGGAGUUGGUGAAUUCGUACGUGACGAAGACAUUCUCGAUGGCGGCGCCGAAUACUCUUAUCAAUGGCCACCCCGUGGCAGCAGACUCAUCGCUUUUAGCCCCCGAAGGCGCAGCAGAAGCAGAGGUGGUGGUGGAAGAAUACGAGCCCUUCUCCGAAUCCCUCCGCGACCGCGCCGCAAAACUCCUAAGGACAGAAGAAGAACUCCUCCUCGAAGUAGGACAACUCCGUCGCGAAGCACCCGCUAAAGCAGCAGCGGCGUGGAAGGAGGAAUUGGCGUGGGAUGAGGAGGUGGGGGAUAUGGAGGUGGGUGAUGAGGGUGGGAGUGAAAAUGGGGAAGCGAGGGGAGAAAUAGAGGGAGGAGGGGUGAAAGUGGAGAAACUAGAGAGGCAGGAGGAGGUGGAGGGUAGUUGGAAAGAGGGGGUUGAGGGGCUGGGGAGGUUGAAGGGGGGGGUUCCGGCGUUGGUGGCGAGGAUGGAGAGGGCGAGGAGGGCGGGGGGGUAUGCACUUGCUGAGAGGUGAGAGCUGUAUGGCAGAGGCAGGAAGACAGAGGGUGUGUGUGUAUCUGCCAGAUGAGGGUUUAUUUGGGGAUUGGAAAGUUUGGAUGGCGUUUUGGGAGGACAAUGGAGGGUAUGGGGGGGUUGGCGUUUUGUUUGGUAUAAUGGGCGUCGUCGUGAUGGAUACGCAGCACUGCCGGGUUGGAUUUUUUGUAUGAGUACGAUGAAAGAUUUUCGAAGAUGAAGAGGGGGGUUAGGUCACGAGUAUUGUCUGAGGGG